UCUUCAUCUCGCCCUUUAAAACCCCACCCAAAGAUGGAAAUGGAAGAAGCAAUGAACUUAGCUUCCACCAUGAAGAAAGUAGAGCUGCUAAAAGAAGAGGAAGCUGAUGAUAUCUGUGAAGAAUCGUCUCUUAGUUUGAGCAGCUUGUCGAAGCUCAUAAUCCCUCCUUUGGGCGUUUCGAGCUAUACCAAGAAUCAGAUCAACUCCAAAGGAUGGAUCAUCUCUCCCAUGGACUCCAGAUACAGGUGCUGGGAAACAUUUAUGGUGAUGUUGGUAUUUUACUCGGCAUGGGUAUACCCAUUCGAAGUGGCGUUCUUCAGUUCAUCAACGCCUAGAGAUCUGUACAUUGCCGACAACAUCGUGGACCUGUUCUUCGCCGUCGACAUCGUCUUGACCUUCUUCGUUGCUUACAUUGAUUCCAGAACCCAGCUGCUUGUUCGAGACUCCUCUAAGAUUGCCAUCAGGUACCUGUCAACGUGGUUCCUGAUGGACGUGGCAUCGACACUCCCAUUCGAAGCACUGGGCUAUUUGUUCUCUGGCAAAACCAAUGUUGGAAUCUGUUAUUCACUCCUGGGAUUGCUCAGAUUUUGGCGUCUCCGGCGUGUCAAACAGCUUUUCACCAGGUUGGAGAAGGAUAUUAGAUUCAGCUAUUUCUGGAUCCGUUGUGCUAGAUUAAUAGCUGUGACAUUAUUUCUGGUUCAUUAUGCUGGAUGCCUUUACUACCUGCUAGCUGACCGGUACCCACACCGGGGGAAAACAUGGUUAGGGUCGGUGAACCCGAAUUUCCGGGAAACGAGCCUUUCGAUCCGAUAUAUCUUGGCUUUAUAUUGGUCCAUCACCACCAUGACCACUGUUGGUUAUGGUGACCUCCAUGCAGUCAACACUGUGGAAAUGAUCUUCAUAAUCUUCUACAUGCUCUUCAACGUCGGCUUGACCGCUUAUAUAAUCGGUAACAUGACCAACUUAGUCGUCGAAGGAACUCGUCGGACCAUGGAAUUCAGGAAUAGUAUCGAAGCGGCUUCGAAUUUCGUGUCGAGAAACCGGCUGCCCCCAAGGUUGAAAGAGCAGAUACUGGCUUACAUGUGUUUGAGGUUCAAGGCUGAGAGCUUGAACCAGCAACAACUCAUCGAACAGUUGCCGAAAUCGAUCUAUACAGGAAUUUGCCAGCAUCUGUUCUUGCCAACAGUGGAGAAAGUGUACCUUUUCAACGGCAUAUCAAGGGAAAUUCUGCUGCGUAUGGUCGCGAAGAUGAAAGCCGAAUACAUUCCGCCGAGAGAGGAUGUGAUAAUGCAGAAUGAAGCACCAGAUGAUGUUUACAUCAUUGUGUCUGGAGAAGUAGAAAUCAUUGACUAUGAGAUGGAGAAAGAGAGAGUCGUUGGAAUGCUGCAUUCCGGGGAUAUGUUCGGAGAAAUCGGUGCGCUUUGUUGCAGACCUCAAAGGUUUACGUUCCGAACUAGGACGCUUUCUCAACUACUGAAGCUCGGAACAACCGAUCUGAUUGAAUCGAUGCAGAUCAAACAAGAAGAUAAUGUUGCUGUCCUUAAAAACUUCCUUCAGCAUAACAAAAGGCUAGAGGAUCUUAAAAUCGGAGGCUUAGUAGUGGAGGGUGGAGACGAAGACGGUGAUCCAAAAGACAUCGGUAUUAAUUUGCUGAACGUGGCCGAUAUCGGCAAUGCUGCUUUCCUCGAUGAGCUUCUCAAAGCAAGGUUGGACCCUGACAUUGGAGAUUCUAAAGGAAGAACACCCUUGCACAUAGCAGCGUCAAGAGGGCAUGAAGAUUGUGUGCUGGUACUCCUCAAGCAUGCUUGCAAUGUACAUUUACGAGAUAUAGAUGGCAACACCGCACUAUGGGACGCGAUAUCCACGAAGCACCGUUCUAUAUUUAGGAUCCUGUAUCAUUGUGCUGCGAUUUCCGACCCCUUCACUGCCGGUGACCUCUUAUGCAUGGCUGCGAAAAGAAAUGAUCAAGCAGCGAUGCAAGAACUACUGAAACACGGAUUGGACGUGGAUGCAAAGGAUCACCAUGGACUAACGGCAUUACAAAUCGCCAUGAAAGAGAAACAUGAAGACAUGGUUAACCUACUUGUGAUGAAUGGCGCAGAUGUCAUCAAUGCAAACACAUACGAAUUUUCUUCGGAAUCGUUGAAUGAAAUGCUGCUAAAGAGAGAGAUCGGACACCGGAUUACGGUAACCGAGACAACUUCCAGUGAAGUACUACUGGAGAAACUCGAAGGGGAGCCUAUAGGGAAACUAGAGAAAAACAGACUACUAGAACGUCCAAGGGUGGGCAUUUAUAAAGGUCACUCACUGAUGAGGAAAGAAACAUGUUGUAUGGAGCCUGGGAAGCUAAUAAGUUUGCCAGAUUCAUUUGAAGAGCUCAAGGACAUUGCAGGCGAAAAAUUCGGGAUCAACAUGAAAAGUGCGGUUAUUACGGAUGAAGCCGGGGCUGAAAUCGAUUGCAUUGAAGUGAUUAGAGAUAAUGAUAAGCUCUUCAUUGUUGAAUAACCAAUGGUCCACCAUAUGUUAUAAGAGUUGCUUG